CACACUCUCCACAUCAAACUAAACUAUACUCCCUAUAUCCUUGACUAUUAUUACUCCGUAUAUAUAUAGUAAAAAAAAGCUGAGCUCCGGUGGUCACUACUUGCCGGCCGGCGGCCGCCUCAUUCAUCAACUCACUCGAGAUCAGGGGCCACUGUAAUUAAUUAAUUAAUUACAGUAUUAAUUAGGAGAUCAGAGGAGGGUAAUUAUAUAGUAAAAUAGAAAAUGGAAGAGGCGAAAUGGAAGUUGAGCAAGAAUGACCCUUGCACGCGCUCGUGCUCGUCGUCGGGCCUGUCGCAGAAGAAGAGCGGCGCCGCCAGCAUGCGGAGGAGCAGCUCCCAGAGGACCGCCGCCGGCGGCGGCGGCAACAACUUCACACGGAAAUGCAGCAACAUGGCCAAGGAACAGAAGGCCAAAUUCUACAUUGUCAAAAGAUGCAUCGGUAUGCUGCUCCAUUGGAAUAAGCACCGCGACUCCGAUUCUUAAUUUCUUCUUCUUCCUUUUUUUUCCUUCUUUAUUUUUUUUGUUUAUUUCCUUCCCUGCCCCACCAAUUGCUCUAUGAAUUACCGAGUAUGAUAUAAUAAAAUACUCUCUUUAAUUAUAAUCAUAAUAUACUCCCUAUAUUUUACUCCCUCCCAAAUUUAUUUUCUUAAUUUUUUUGAACAAGACGGUUCCCAUGACAUUGGAAUGACCAGAAAUCGCUACGGGAUCCUAUUUUUAAAAUUUACGGUUUCUAUGCCCUUAACUAUCUCGUGAACCCCCCACUCUGUCACAAUCCGAACACACCCCCACCUCUUCAAUUGUACUUUCACGUUUAUUUGAAAGAGAUGGAAUAUGUUAUCCAUUUUGAUUCUUCUUCCUCUUAAUAAAUCUUAACCAAACAAUUUUAUUUUUUAAACAACGUGAAAAAAACAAAGAGGAUGAUUAAUU